UCUUCUGCAGACACGUAUUUAUUUAUGUUAGAUGUUUUUUAAAAUAAAAAUUAAAUUGUGAUUAAACCAGGUAGCGCAGGCCGUCAACAAGUAGUGCAGCAAGUGGGUCAUCAUGUUUGCCAAUCUGAAGAAUAAGCUAAUCGAAGAGGUGAAAGCGUCACCGUCCAAAUUCCAACAAUUCGCGACUGCUGCACAGGCGGCCGUGAGCUCAUCGACGCCGAACAGCUCCGACACCAACACCAGCAGCGGCAGCGGCACCAAUGAGAACUUUUUCAGCAUCACGGAGGAGGACACGCCUCAGAACUCGCCGUACCGCAUUCAGAAGCUGCCAACGACGAGCGCUUCCUCGCUGAGGGGACGCUCCUCCACACAAUCCUUGAAUGGACUGGGCGGCGGAGCCGUACCAAGGAGCCGUAAGCUGUCCAACUCAUCCAUGGCCAGCGAUGUGUCCUUCCGCCUGCCCUCCUACGAUGCUCCAGCCGUCUAUCACUUGCAAUCGGAUCUGGACGAGACGAGCAGCGAGUUUGAUGACUCUGCGUCGACGGCACGCCUGGAUGUGAUCACCAAGGACCAGCUGUACGAUGCGUACAAGAAGUCCCUCGAUCGCUACCACAAGUAUCGCUGCCGGUACACGGAUCUGGCCAAGAAGUACAAGGAACUGGAACGUGACAGCACCAAGGCAAGGUCGGUGCUGGUGGAGACACAGGACAAGGCACUGCGUAGGAUCAGUGAACUGCGCGAGCAAUGCACACUGGAACAGCAGGCAAAGGCGCAUUUGGAGGAGGCACUGCGCAUCGAAAUGGAUGACAUGAGCUGCAAGAUGCAGGCCUAUCAGACCAAGCUCAAGUUGCUCGGCGAGAAUCCGGAGAACAUUUCGGCUGCCCUGGAGCGGGUCAGUCAGGGACUGGACAGCGACAAGCUGAUCGAUCUGGAGGAAUCGGCUGGAGGCAGGUCCCCGCCCCCAGCCAAUGGGGACUUGACCCAUCUGCAACAGCGGCUCGAGGAGCGGCAAGCGCAGUUUGAGGAGAUGACGGGAAAAUACGAAGCUCUGCGGAAACAGGAGGAGGAGAAUGUCCUGCUCUUGGCACAGACCAAGCAAGCCAUUCACACGGAGCUGGAGCACAAGGACAUCGAGGUGCGGCAACUGCAAGAGAAGCUUAAGCAAUACGAAUCGCAGCGCGAGUCUCAGACCAGCGACGUCAAAGAUCAGCUGAAGAAGCUGCUGGAGGCAAGGCAGGAAGCCGAUGCCAAACUCAUUGCCACAGAGCAUAUUUUGUCCUCCCUCAGAGGCGAACAUGCUGCAAAGGAGCAACAGGUGGUGGCCCUCGAGAAGCAGCUGGCGGCGCUCAAAGCGGAAAGCGAAACGAAAUUGAACGAAUUGCGGCAGCAGAGCGAACAGCUUGGAUCUGAUCAACUUAAGAAGCUGCAGGUGGCCAAGGAAGCUGCGGAAUCUAAACUGUUGUCCACAGAGGAGCUACUGAAUGCCCUAAAGGUGCAACACUCGGCAAAGGAGGAACAGGUAGUCGCACUGGAGAAGCAAAUGGAAACAUUCAAAGCAGAAAGCGAAUCGCAAUUGAAUGAAUUGCGGCAGCAGAGCGAGGAGCGUGGCUCUGAGGCACUCAAGCAGCUACAGGUGGCCAAGGAAAAGGCAGAAGCUCAGCUUUUGUCCCAGGAGGAGCUAUUGAACUCCUUGAAGAUGCAACACACGGCAAAGGAGGAACAAGUGGAGACACUCGAACAGCAGCUGGCAGCUCUCAAAGCGGAAAGCGAAACCAAAUUGAAGGAAUUGCGGCAGCACAGUGAGGAGCGUGGCUCUGAGCAACUGCAGAAGCUACAGGUAGCCAAAGAGGAGGCAGAAGCUAAACUAUUAUCCACAGAGGAGCUGCUGAAAACUCUGAACUUGCAGCACACGGCGAAGGAGGAGCAGCUGGAAACUCUCAAAGCAGAAACCGAUCAGACUCUGCACCAGCUGCACGCCGAUCGUGAGUCUGAGAGCAAUGCUGCCAAGGCACAGCUACAGGAACUACAAUUGGCCAGAGAUGAGGCAGAGGCGAAGCUCCUGAGCACCGAACAGCUUUUGGUCUCCCUGAGAGGCGAGUUGGCAGCCAAAAACGAGCAGGCGGCGGCACUGGAGGAGGAAGUGAAUGCGCUCAAAACAGACAGUGAGCUGAGCUUGCAGGAUUUGCGCCAGCACAACGAUCAGUUGCUUGAGAUUGUUCAGCGCUCGCAGCAGAAUGACUUUGAGGGUCAACUGCAGCAGACGAAGGACAAUGUGGCUGCGCUUGAGGGGCAGCUGGUGGAGCGCGAGCGGCAAACCUUGGAGCUCGAAAAGAGCUUGGAGAUCGAGCGGGAGUCUGUGGCCGCGCUGAUCAGCGAGAAAACAUCCCUCGAAGAGCAGCACAAACUGCGAUUGGAGCAACUGCAGCGCGAAAUCCAAAUGCUUCAGGAUCAGCAUGCCAGCACAGAGAGUGAAACGAUUUCCGCACUGAAGGCGCAGCUGGAAACGCUCAACCAGGAGCUGGGCGGCAGUCGGGCGAGUCUCCUGGCCAAGGAGAAGGAACUGAAGGCCUCUGGCAAUAAGUUGAACAAGCUGAAGAAGCAGCACGAACAACAGCAGGCCAAGACAAGCGAACACACAGCACGCAUGGAGCAGCUGCAAAAAGAGAUGGCGGAGAGCCAAAGUGUCGCCAGGCACGUGGAGAACGAGAAGGAGGAGCUGCAGGCACGCGUUAGCUCCAUCCUGGAGGAAAUCACCAGCAUGCAGACGCACUUGCAGCAAGUGCAGGACUCGCAUGGCCAACUGGAGAGCGAGAACCGCGAGCUGGAGUCUCGCAUCGAGGCUAUGCAGCAGGAGCAGCAGGGAAACAACGCGCACGGCGAGCGCACCACUGCCAAGAUGGAGGAAAUUCAGAGUGAAAACUCCAAGCUAGCUGAGCGCAACUGUCUGCUGGAGGAGCAGACGAAUCACCUCGAAAAGCAGCUGCAGUUGGAGCAGGAAGAGCUGGCCAAGGUGCAGGCGAAGAUGCAGCAGGUGCUGGACGAACACUCCAAGCUGCAGAACGCCCAAGAGCUCAUGGAUCACGAUCAUCGCACGCUGCAGGACAAGUGCGAUGCCUACGAGAAGGAGACGCUGCUGAACAAGGAUGCCCUGGAGUGCCUGCAGUCGGCCAGCGAGGAGCUGCAGCAGGCCAAGGCCAAUCUGGAGCGAGAGCUGGCGGAGCAGCAGUCGCAGCUGUUGGAGCUGCGAGAGCGCCAACGCGAGCAAGAGCAGCAGGUGAAGGACCAGGCCGAACGCUGCUCUGAACUAGAGGCAAGCCAUCUGGAGAGCGACUCCCAGGCGCAGGCGACCAUCCAGAAUCUUCGCCAUCAGAUCGAUGCCUUCAGGGAGGCAGAGCAGGGCGUCCAGGAUAGGCUGCAGGCGGCUGGAGUGUCCCACGCCAGCCAAAUGGCCAUACUCGAGGCACGCUGGAGUGCAGCCAAUGCGGAUGUUGAGCGGCUGCACGAGGCGAAUGAUGCCCUGCAGCUGGCCAUGGAUCAACAGAGUCAGCGCAUGGAGGAGUUGCAGGAGAUACUCGCCCAGAGGGAUCGUCAACUGGAGCACUCGGAAGACUCCACCAAAAAGCUGGCCAAAUACGACGAGAUUCAAGUGGAAAACGAGUAUCUGCACACGCAUACGAAGCAGCUGGAGCAGGAGCUGGCCGACAAUGCGGAGCUCAAGGAGAAGCUAAAGUCUAUGCAGUGCGAGCUCUAUGUGCUCCAGGAGCAGGUCGAGCACCACGCCACUCAAGUGACCGAAAAGGAAGCACAAAGUGCGACGGCCAAGGCGGAGGCGGAACAGCUGAGAACGGCGCUGGAGGAACAGACACUCGAACUUACCCGCCAGCGGGAACACGCCAGUUUCGUGACGGAACAGAGUGAUGCUGUCCAGACAGAGCUGCUGCAGACGCAGCAGCAACUGCAGGAGCGGCAAAGCGAGUUGGCCAAGGCCCAGGAGGAACACAUCAGCCUGCAGGCGGCCAUUGCGCAACUUCACAAAGAGGUGGCCAGCCUCAAGGAGCAGCCUGCGGUUUCCGUUGCCACAGAUGCCGACAGUCUGCGCAGCCUCAACGAGCAGCUGCAGCGCGAGCUGGAGGGUCUGAAGCACAAGAGCAACGGUGCCGAGUCGAAUAUGCAGCAGGAAAUCGAGGAGCUGCAGGCGAACAACCAACAGAUGGCCGAGCGCAUCAACGAGCUGGAGGCCCUGAGGGCGGGCAUUCAGGCUCAGCAACUGCUGAACAGCAUGGCACCCAAGCACGUUCAGGAGGCGGCAGCCAGCAGCGAAAAGGCCGUGCUGGAGUCCAAAUUGAAGGAGAUCAUGAACGAGGUCCAGGAUGUGACGAAUCGAAACCUGUUCCUCGAGCAAAAGUGUGAAAACUUCCUGAUACUCGAACAGUCGAACGAGCGGCUGAAGCUGCAGAAUGCGAAACUCUCGCGUCAACUGGAUGAAACACUGGUAUCCAUGCAGCACAGCGACACUGUGCCGGUCAACACAGAGUUUGAGUAUCUGCGCAACAUCAUGUUCCAGUACUUAACCGGCACCACAAACAAUGAGACUUUGGUGAAGGUGAUAUCAGCGGUGCUGAAAUUCUCGCCACAGCAGUCGCAGGUGGCCCUGGAGAAGGAGCAUCAGCGUCGAUCGUUGCUAAAUAAACUGAUCUAGCAUGAACUAAUGGCUCUCCACGAUGGCGGCUGGUGGGAGCCAUGCCCAGCCACGCUGCUAGACUACAAGUUGAAUCGGAAUCAGAAUGGUUAGCCCAAGAUCACAAUAAGUACCUUAUACCUAAGCGGAAAACUGGGCAGAGCAAUGGAUUCAAGACUCCAAGCAUUUCCGCGCUACGCAUUAAACCUAACCCACAUAUAUCUACUUAUAUGCUAUUAUCAAUGUUAUUAUUGUACAGUCUCCUCUGUUGAUCUUGUCACACGCAUGCUAUGGCCACCCAUUGUACAUUUCUAUUUGGGUUGACAUUACCCGUUCGUCUCUCUCUCUGUCUGUUCUUUCUCGCUACACAUCCCAUCCCGCCAAAGUGCAAUCGUAUUUUGUGUAUUUUAGUUUAAGUUGAAAAUUGUAAGGCGACGAAGGAUUCAUUGCAGUUGCAGGUGCAGUUACAGCAUUUAGUUUAAUCCAAGAUCUAUACAUAAAAAUAUACACUAUAAUAAUGAUAUAAAUAAAUAGUUGCAAUUCAUAUAAAAGAA